AUGAGCACUCUAGCCUCAGAACCUAGAGAGAUUAUACCCGAAGUAGGCAAUGUCACAACCAGUUUUGACACCCAGAUAGUGCCUAGUUACCGCAACUCCCGUAACUCUUGUCGCCCUCUGGUGUACGUAACCCGUCGCAUCCCACAACAAGGCGUGGACAUUCUCUUGAACGCCUGCGAUGUGAAGCAGUGGGACUCCGAGCAGGCAGUGCCCAAAGGAGAACUGCUGUACAGUGUGGUGGGUGUGGAGGGAAUCCUGUGUAUGCCCAGUGACAGCAUCGAUACUGAUGUUCUGGAUGCUGCUGGUCCUGGGCUGAGGGUCGUGGCAACCAUCUCCCAUGGGACUCAGCACAUUGAUGUCAAGGAGUGCCUCAAAAGAGGCAUCCACGUGAUCACCUGUCCAAAACAACCCACAGAGGUAUUGGCUGAGCUGACCGUUGCCCUUGUGCUGCUGACCAUCAAGGAGUCACAGACAGAAGCGGAGAAGCUGACCAGUUGCUUAGUUCAGACAUCAGAUUUAAACUACAACAACAUGGAUGAGCUCAACAACUUGGUUGUCGCCCCCAACCCAAGACCUCAGUUGAUGAGGCGCCUCUCCGAGGAGCAGCUGGCCUUCCAGUGGACCAAUGGAAGACCCGGAAAUAUGAACUGUCCAACCUGGCGUAACAUCGUUAGGAAGACGUUUGGAAUUUAUGGAAUGACCAGAUUGGGACUAAGUGUGGCCAAAAUUCUCAAAAAUGUUGGUGCAUGUGAUGUUUUGAUUGCGGAUAAGGAUGCUGAGCUGGAUAACUUCAAUGCCAACAUCCAACAGACUGACUGUGACUUUGUGUCUUUUGAGAAACUUCUGGAGAAAUCUGAUGUCAUCUGUGUGUGUGGAUCUGUUGGCGAGCAGUCUAAGGAGGUAUUCUGCAGAGAUUCCUUCCAGAAGAUGAAAAACCAGGCCAUCCUAAUUGCUUCGCAGAGUCAGGAGGAUGCAAUUGAUUAUGUGGAUUUGUACACUGCGUUACGGGACGGACAGAUCAAGGCUGUGGGCCUCAACGAUUGCAACCAGGAGUCAGUUCCAUUGAAGACCUUGUUCUUGGGCUUGAAGAACUGCACGUUUUUGCCUCAGACAGAGGAGAGUGUCUAUGACAUGAGGCACAAGGUGUCCGUACUUAUUGCGAAGAAUCUCACCGAAGCUUUGAAGAUGGACAGCAAAUAA